AUGCUGGCGGAGCAGUACCGCGAUUUCAUGGAAGCCACAACCGGGGCACUGCUGCCGUCAGUCACCGCCCAGACGACUCCACGCUGCGAGCUGCGCCGCUCGACAGCUGCUACGGCUGCGAAAGUCAAGGAGAUGUCUACUACCAGCGCGAUGCAUGCAACCGGCACACAGUCGGACCGGCGGGCAGCCAUGCUGGAGGCACUGGCAGGGCUGAACGACCAGCCUAGCCAGGCUCCAGUGCACGAGUAUGAGCUGCCUGCGCUGGACCCAUCGGCAGCGCUGCAAAUGUGCAGUGCGGCUGUUCUUACCUCUAUGGCAUAUGCCAAAGUCGCUUCGGGACGGACGCGUCGAAGCUCCCAGCUCUUGCAAGAUGCAGUUCGCCUGAGCAGCGGAUCCAACUUUCUCCUCCAACGCGCGCUUGCAGCCUCGAGUGCCAAAAACCUUGAGGAAGCUCACAGCAUCAGCUUCAGGAGCGCCGUGCAAGCGGGCAGACAAUACUUUGACACAACACUGCCGCCGGUGCCCUGCUGGUGA